AUGUUCGUGUCUUCGGCCACCGAGUCGACUUUCCAGGUCAUGACGUCUCUUCGAUACGAUCCUGCUCUUCCUGAUGUGGUCUCGAGCUAUCCGGAGGGCUAUCCCGAACCUCUACGCUCCCCCUACUACCUCCUGGCCUACCACCGGGAUCGACUUAUAGCCGCGGCGCGCUUCUUCCAAUGGAACAAAGCUUUGGAAUGGCUACAACAGGACUUGGGCAGUCUUGAAAGGUUUUUCGAAGGCUCAAUACCGGACAAGCAAAAACCAUGGCGGCUCGGAAUUACAGUGGAUUGCAAUGGCAAUGGUUCGAUCGAUGUCAACCCGACAGCAGCCAUUGAUCCACUCAAUCUACUAAUUCCUUCGCUGCGCCCGCCCAUAGAAUCACCCAUCUGGCGCGUGUAUGUUGAUACGUCAGCUACCAACCCCUCUGGUUUUACCACGCACAAAACCACGGCUCGGGAAGACUACACGGCAGCUCGGUUAAGGGUGGGGAUCAAUUCCUUUGCGGAAACGGCAGAGGUCUUAGUGAUUAAUCCUGCCGGCGAGAUUAUGGAAGGAAGCAUUACAACGCCUUACUUUCGCGCACGAGGAACAUCUGGUCAAGCUUGGUUUACACCGCCGUUGAGCAGUGGGGGUAAUGAUGGCACCACCCGAAGAUACGCAUUGGCUCAAGGGUUCUGCACGGAACAGACGAUCAACGGAGCAGAGUUGGUCGAUGGUGAAGAAUGCUGGUUGAGUAAUGGGGUCCGAGGAUUCAUGCGUGGCAUGGUUGUGUUGAACCGCUCGCCUGGUGGGAAUUAG